UUCGGCAACGUGCUUGGAUCGUUGGCCAAUCAAGUUGCAACUGACUCAGUUGCUGAUCCGAAGAGUCUAAUACAAAUCUUACGAUCGCCGACAAUAUGAAGCUAGGAUUCCUGGUGCUUCUCGGCAACGUGCUCAGUCUGUUGGCCCAUGACUGUGGAAAUAACUCUGCUACGACGACCACAAUGAUGACCCCAACUGACCAUUUGGCUGAUGCGGAGGCUCAAAUACAAAACAUGACGACCAGAAUGCAGCACUUUGGCUUCAACCUAAUGCAGGUGGAACUCGGCAAAUCAAACCUGAACAACUUUGUGAUGGCGCCAUUUUCCGUGUGGUCACUUAUGCUUGUAUUCCACGAGGCAGCAGUUGGAGAGACCUUCGACGAGCUGCAAGAUGCUCUGGGGAUUUAUGUCGAGUAUCCUGAACUGCGCGAGUGGUACACGGCUGUACGUGUUUUUCACCGUUCCGAAACCAAUGACUCAAGUAUUCAUUCGAUGCGUUACGUUUACUACGACAAGAAAAAUAUAGAAUUUGUGCGCGGAUACUAUAGUAUAGUCCUUGAGGGCGAUCCACAAAAUGCAUAUGAUAUGUUAUACCUUAUUGACAUUUUAGGACGGCCAGGGGCAGUAAAUUUGCAAAGUUCAACAACAAUUAAUAAAAUCAACGAAGAUGUCAGAUUGGGCACUUCAAACUUUAUCAAUAGUUCUUAUACCACUCGUUCUUUUACGUAUUCAAACCCUCUGCUAGCGAUUUCUGCUAACUACUUCAAUGCCAAGUGGAGGUUCUCAUUCGAUAAGAGCCAGACGAAAGUGGAACAGUUUUACAACGACGCCGGCUCGCCAGCAGGUAAAGUGCACAUGAUGGUGCAAACAGGGAAGUUUGCCUACGCCAAAAACGUAAAGGAUCUGCAAGCUGAUGUCCUGGAGCUACCCUUUUAUGAAGGGGACCUAGUAAUGAUCGUGAUCCUGCCAAAUCGAGGCAAUGGAGUUGGCCUGAUGCUAAGCAAUUUGAAGGCCCUGGGACUGCAGCCCAUCCUUAGGGAGCUGGAGGCUUCCAAGAAUGAAUCUGAAGUAGAAGUCAAGCUUCCCAGGAUUGAUACAAACUCCCGAUUUGAACUCAGACACUCCCUACCCGCGGUUGGAAUUAAGGAUCUGGAACACAGCUACAGGGCAAAUAUUAGCCGCAUGCUGAUCAGCGCGUAUGAUAUUAGAAAAGUGUUCCUCUCGAACUGCGACCAUUACGCCCGGAUCGUCGUAAAUGAAGAGGGUGCAGUGGCGCAAAAAUCUUCUGGCAAAAAGAACAUCAAGGCUCAGUUCCAUAUGAACAGGCCCUUCAUAUACCUUGUCUUAAAAAGAUCAUACAACCUGCUCAUCCACGCCGGAGUCUUCCAGAAAGGUGAAAUCAAGUAGUGAAAAUAAACAUGAAAUGCAUUGCUUUUAUCUUUGACAAAGACCCCUUUGAAAUUUGUGGGCGUUGCAGUGGAUGUGUCCAAAAUGCUGUUCGUAUAUCGAUAAAACUUUGCAUGACAGAUAAUUGACAACCGAGAACUUUAGGCACUAGUAAUUUUGUAAGAUAAAACCGCAUGCACAGGAAGAUAAUACCAUUCGAAUAUUAUAAUCAAUAAUGCAAGCAACAACGAUGCUCAAGUUAAAAUAUUAAAGUCAUGUGCCCGAGCUGAAAA